GAUUGUACCAUCCUGAGUCCUUUCCCCUCUUGCUCAAUGUAUCUACUUGAGAGCUAAGGGUACACCUCCCUAUGCUCCCGGAAGGAAAGGCAACUUUGUUUUGCUAAACUUUGUACCGAUCUACAGAAUCCAUUUCCAAAGUCCAGCGUCUACCGGAAGCUUGCCUUCGCCAGGCUUCUACACCUGAACACCCCCGUUGAUCCCGCCUUCUACGGAACAGCCCGCUGUACGGAAUUGGGCGCAAAUAUGGCGGCUCUCAUGGAGAGAAGCCCUAGCGCGGCCAUGUUGAUCUCCUGAUAACGCCAUUCAUGGCCAAAGUCUCUGCCGAUCCGUAACAACACCUUGUUCAAGUGAUUUCUUGAUGUCUCUGUGGAGCCAUUGAGCCUUAUACCUUACUGGAGGCUGCAGAAUUGUCUGCAUAUGGACAUCUCCCCAGCUUUGGAAGGGGGACUGAGGUCCAGGAUGAACAUGCCAGCUAAUGGGAAAUCACCACAGAGGUUCCCUACACAGAUUCCAGGAGAACCUGGAAGACCAUUUGAGGGGUCCGUGUCAUUUGAGGAUGUGGCUGUGGAUUUCACCCGACAAGAGUGGCACAGACUGGACCCUGCUCAGAGGACCAUGCACAAGGAUGUGAUGCUGGAGACCUACAGCAACCUGGCAUCCGUGGCUCAUGAAGAUGCACCUUCCUCCUUCAUCAGAGGCCCCAAAGCUCAGACAUCUUGGCCCACGUCCUGUGCCAUUUCCCAUUAACAGGCCUCUGCGUGGCCAAACCAGAGAUGAUCUUCAAAUUGGAGCGAGGAGAAGAACUGUGGAUAUUAGAGGAGGAAUCUUCAGAUCAUGGUUACUCAGGAUCUCUCUCGCUACUGUGUGGCAACAGCUCUGUUGGGGCUAAUGCCCUCAGGCUGGAUAACAGCCUGCUUCAGCAUCAGCGUCUUCACAGUUUGCAUCAAAACAUUGAAUAUAAUGGAUGUGGGAAAGGCUUCCACCAGGAAACCGGCUUCCUUCAACAGAAAAGAACACACACUGGAGAUAAAAGCUUUGAAUGUCAUGAAUGUGGGAAGGCAUACUGCAGGAAAUCAAACCUGGUUGAACAUCUGCGAAUACACACAGGGGAAAAACCUUAUGAAUGUGGCGACUGUGCCAAAACCUUCAGUGCCAGAUCAUACCUCAUUGCCCAUCAGAAAACUCACACGGGGGAGAAGCCUUUCGAAUGCCCUGAAUGUGGGAAAUCUUUUGGCCGGAAGUCACAACUCAUUUUACACAGGAGAACCCACACAGGAGAGAGACCCUAUGAAUGUACAGAAUGUGGGAAAACCUUUUCCGAGAAGGCAACUCUCACCAUCCACCAGAGGACCCACACGGGGGAGAAACCCUACAAGUGUAGUGAAUGUGGGAAACCAUUUCGUGUCAAGAUAGCCCUCACCCAGCACCAGAGAACUCACACGGGGGAGAAACCCUAUGAAUGUGGGGAAUGUGGGAAAAAUUUCCGGGCAAAGAAAUCCCUAAAUCAACAUCAGAGCAUUCACACAGGGGAGAAACCUUAUGAAUGUGCAGAAUGUGGGAAGUUCUUCCGAAUGAAGAUGACUCUCAAUAACCAUCAGAGGAUCCACACCGGUGAGAAACCCUAUCAGUGCAAUGAAUGUGGGAAAGCUUUCAGUGUGCACUCCUCUCUUGGGGUCCAUCAGAGAAUUCACACGGGAGAGAAGCCUUACCAAUGCAACAAAUGUGGUUACGCCUUCUACGUGAAAGCACGUCUCAUCGAGCAUCAGCGAAGACAUUCGGGAGAGAAACCCUAUGAAUGCACUGAGUGUGGGAAGAUCUUUAGCAUGAGGAAGUCCCUUCGGCAGCACCGGAGAACGCACACAGGAGAGAAACCGUAUGAAUGCAGUGAGUGUGGAAAUGCCUUCUACGUGAAAGCCCGUCUCAUUGAGCAUCAGCGAAUUCACACGGGGGAGAGACCCUUUGAAUGUCAAGAGUGCGGGAAGGCUUUCUGCCGGAAGGCACACCUCACGGAACACCAGAGAACUCACUUAGGCCGGCCCUUGCCAUGUGCAAUAGAAAAAGCCCCUCCCUAAAGACCCUCCCCACCCCUGGAUCAAGCCCCUUGGGGCAUCUGAUUACCAGAGCACUCAGAAUACCCCUGUCAUGUCCUGGCACCUAGCUUGGUGGAAAGCUAGUUCCUGACCCUCUUAGGGGGCAGCUCCUUGUUAUUUUCAUUUGUAUUUCCCCAGUUGGUGGUGAAGUUGAAUAUCUUAUCCAUUUGGCCCUUCAGGUUUUUCCUUCCAUGUAUUGACUGUUCACACUCUUUCCUCACUGAUUAUUUAGUACUGAGAAUUGAACCCAUGGGCACUUUACCACUGAGCCACAGCCACAGUCCUUUUUUAUUUUGAGACAGUGUUUCACUAGGCUUCUAAGGCUGGCCUUGAACUUGCCUCAGC